AUCUAUGAAAGCAGAGAGAUGUUUGUGUUAAUAUGUGCUGGAGAAACCGAAGGCAUGAAGCAUACGUGUAUAAUCCUUGCUGUGUGUCUAUGCAUGGCACCAAUGCUUCUUGGUGAAGACAUACUGUGCUUUCAUCACUCGGGAAAUUGUUACAUGAUCCAAACCAAGAAACUGAUAUUUAUGGAUGCAAACACUGAAUGUGGACCUAGAGGAUCACUGGCUACUAUGAAGGAUGAACAAGAACUUUUCGAAAUCUUGCAACUUGCAAGUGCAUUUGAAAACAAACCAGACAUUGAUGCAUUUUGGAUUGGUUUAAUUAGACAAAACAAGGAGUGUGUCGUUCCAUCAAAAAAGACACAAGGCUACUCUUGGGUUUCAGGAGGCAAUGACUCAAAAGUUGAAUAUUGGGGAGAAUAUCCCAAACCCAGCUGCAUGAGAAGGCGCUGCGUUGGGCUUCAGAAAUGGAAUGGUCCUGUUAAAUCUAGGGAAGGACAUCAUUUGUGGGCUUGGAAGGACUCUAAAUGCAACAGCAACUUUUCUUCUAUUUGCCGUUCUCAUUAUUCUUGGAAUUUUUCCAUGAUACAUUCUUUCAAAGAUCAGAAUAUACCGGACUUCCUCCCUGAAAUGUCAAAAAUCACAAUUUUAUGCAAAGAAUUUGACACAAAUAUAACUCUUACAUGUAAGGUUGAAAAUGGCUUUUAUUCAUGCCUGAAUAUUCAGUGCUCUUGUUCUGCCCUUGGAUGUACAGAAAGUAAGAGUUGUCUCCAGCACUGUCUAAUUCCCAGCAAUUUUUCAUGCAAUUGCUCCGAUGCCUUUAGUCUGUGUAAUCAAACUGGGGCAAAUUGCACUGUUAGUACAUCUGGGUCAUCAACACCUCAAACGUAUACUGAUGUGUAUAAUAUCAGUGUUUCCCCUUCACGGCAGUCAGAUGAUGAAGAAGAAAGUUGGUUUGACACCUUAUUAAUCCCUUUGAUCCUCGGGUUGGUGGCUCUUGGAAUUCUUCUUAUGCUUGUAUGGGGGGGUGCUCAAAUGUGUGUCAGGAAAAAGAAACCUCCAAGGAAGAAGUCUAUUGUCCCUGUUGAAACACAGGGUAGUGAUACAGAUUCCACAGAUCAUUCAUCCAGCGAUGAAGAAGAACCACAGGACAAGAUAGAUGUACCGUGAUUGUUAUUGACAUUUAGAAUGGGCAUUUUUCGCUUCUCUUUUCUAUGAUGUUGCCGUAGAUACCUUUUUUUAGAAAUAAAAUCGGUGGGUAUAGUAGAGGAAAGUCAAAGUAUUGAUGGCUUUGUAGAAUUUAAUUUACUACUGAUCUGCGAUAUUUUGAUUGAUUUAAAGAGUGUCGACGUGUAAAUGUUUGUUAAACUGGAAAGUAAACCGAGAUGGGUUUGGUAAACAUAGCACUUAAACCUUCUUUUAUUGCUGUUAAGAUGGUAAAAGAGUUCAAUGUAAAUGCUGGUAUGUUUAAUGUAUUCCAUGGCUGCCUUUUAUAAAUGCAUCUACAUGGGAUGCAAUUCUCAUGAGCAAUUCUCACAAUCUUUGCUUUUUGGAAGGUCUGUGCAUUAUGUAAAUAGUUAAGAAAAAGCAGAGCAAUAGACCAUGUUAUGCAAUGUGAAACCAUUUGUAUUUUCUAUCUGCAAGAAGUGCUGUAUUGAGUUUAUUAUACUUAACUUAUGGCAAGUGCAAUUUAUUUUUUUUAUUUUUUUUAUUAGUUACCUUAUAGUUUUAUCAGUAUAAGAUUUAGUUAGUAGUAUGUGACCUCCAUAUGAGAUGUUGUAAACUAAGGUAUGCAUGUGUUAUAUUUUAAGGAAAACAUCAUUUCAUAGUAAUACACAAACAAUGUUGUAUUAUUAGAGUUUAUCUAAACAUUUUAAAUUCAACAUUUCACCAAUGAGUACCAGAACAAAAUGUGUGUACAGCACUGUCCUAUGCGAUGCACUAUCACAAACCACGGUGUGCUUGAUAAAAUAGAAUAAAAGGGCUCUGCCUGUGAGCUUAAAGGACCACUCUAGGCACCCAGACCACUUCAGCUUAAUGAAGUGGUCUGGGUGCCUGGUCCAGCUAGGGUUAACCCAUUUUUUAAUAAACAUAGCAGUUUCAGAGAAACUGCUAUGUUUAUUAAUGGGUUAAGCCUUCCCCCUAAUCCUCUAGUGGCUGUCUCAUUGACGGCCACUAGAGGCGCUUGCGUGCUUC